CUAUAGUAUAUUAUGAUUCAAAUAGAUAUUACUUAUUCGAAGAUUCCUUGAUGACCUCGGCAAUGGCAUAUAAAUAAAAUGAUGGAUUGCUAAAACCAUUUAAUGAAGCUAUUUUCAUUUAUAUAUGGGUUCAUUAAAAACCAAGUCAAAGUAAUUUCAGAAAAUUUUAGGUUGAAGAGAUGGUUGUAACUGACUGUUGAUGUACACCUAAAUAAUUGAGAAAGCUGGUAGAAAUUCUGCUUUUCUUGCCUUCAUGAAUCUUUUGAAAAAAAAAAUUAGACUUUGCAUAAGGAGGAUGAUACAACAUUAUUAAAUGGCAUAAACUUAUUCAUAGUAUUUAGGAAUGGUAAAAAAAUAAAGCAUUUGAAUUGCAGUCAUCUAAAUAAAGUUUCAAUUGACAAAUUAAUAAAAAAUAUUAACAAAAUAAUGUGAAAUCUUAAUGAAGGC